GUGAGAGAUAAAAAAUAACCAGCCUGCUGUAGCUAGGUACACCAAGGCGAUCCAAAUCGAUGGCGGCGGGAGGCGUGUGGGUGUUCCGGAAGGACGGGGUGAUGGAGCUCAAGAGCGCGGGGUUGGAGCCGUCGGCGGCGGCGCCGAGCAAGAAGGCGCUGGUGUACGUGCCGGCGAACGAGACGGUGCGGUCGCUGGAGGCGCUGGAGCGGCGGCUAGGGUCGCUGGGCUGGGAGCGCUACUACGAGAACCGAGACAUCGUGCAGCUCCACCGCCGCGACGGCGGCGUCGACCUCAUCGCGCUCCCGCGAGACUUUGCGAGGUUCCGCUCCACCCAUAUGUACGAUGUGGUCGUCAAGAACCGGCACCACUUCAAGGUCGUCGACAUCUGAACAUUCAUGCAAGCUUGCAAGUCUGUUUUGCAAAUAAGCGCACGUGCAUGCAUAAUGGUGUGCAUGUUAUAUGUGAGUGAUUGAUGUACUGUCAGAUUUUGCCUUGUACUGUAUGAUAUGUCUCUGUAAGUCUCUGAAUUUCUCCUAGUUAGCUAGUGUGAGCUCUUAGUAUUUGAUUGAGUCUCGGUUGUGUUCGUCACUUUUGUUGGCAUGGUCGUACAUGUUUGUUAACUAAAAAGCUGGCAGGUUCGAAUUUUC